AUGACCAUCCCCACGACAUCUCCGCUAGGGGCGAAAAAAGCUACGGUCUACCUUCAUACGCCCUUCCAUCCCAAAGCUGAGGUAUAUGCAGAACAGAAAUUCGGCAAAGUGUUGAGACCUCAUGAUGGGAGUGUCGAGGACAUCAUGGCUCAGAUAGAUGGGAUAUUACUUCGUGUAUCCAACAUCACUCGAGAUAUGUUACUUCAAGCUCCUAAUCUCAAGAUCAUCUCCCGGAACGGCGUGGGAGUAGAUAAUAUACAUAUACCUACUGCGAAGGAAAGGGGGAUCAUAGUGACGAAUUGUCCAGGUGGGAAUGCUCAGGCAGUCGCAGAGCUUGCUCUUACCCUCGCUCUGACAGUCCUCCGACGAGUUGUAGAGGUAGAUAAUCGAAUCCGAUCCGGUGAAAAGGUACCUUCCAUCACUGCCCUCGCCCCUGGACUAUUCGGCAAAACGGUCGGUCUAGUAGGUAUGGGAGAUACAUCCUACGAAUUGGCAAAAUUACUGUUGGCAUUCAAUUGUCCCAUACUGGUUUAUUCACCUUCUUCACCCUCAUCUCGAUGGACCAACACCAACGAUCCUAAAUAUCCUACUACCAUCCCUCACGAGAGAGUAGACAAUCUGGAAGAGUUGUUGAAACGAUCGGAUGUCGUUUCGUUACAUUGUCCAUUGAAUGAUUCGACAAGAGGAUUGAUAGGCAAAAAUGAAUUGGGGAUAAUGAAAGAUGAUGCGGUGAUUGUUAAUACUGCACGGGGCGGGAUCAUAGAUGAGAGAGCGUUGGAAGAGGCUCUGGAGAGUGGCAAAUUGGGUGGAGCAGGUAUUGAUGUUUGGGAGAUUGAACCUGCUCAUGGGGAGACGAUGGGGAAAUUGGGCAAGUUGAGAAAUACGGUGGUACUACCUCAUCUUGGUGGUAGUACAGAUUCGGUCACGCUUGAUGGAUGUAUGAAAGCUGUUGAUAUAAUGGCAGAUUAUUUCGAUGGUAAGGAAGUGAGAAAUAGGGUUAUUUGA